AUGCCGCCGUCACCUUCACCACUCUCUUCACAGACUCGCCUCACUCAGAUCUCCUCACAUCUCGCCCCAAUGGCUGCUACCUCUUUCAACGCGGAUGUGGUGCCACAGGCGCCAGAAGACCCGCUGUUCGGGCUGAUGGCUGCCUUUCGCCGCGACCAAGAUGCAAACAAGGUCGACCUGGGCAUUGGCGCGUACCGAGACGACAAUGCGAAGCCGUGGAUCUUGCCCGUCGUCAAGCUCGCCGACGACAGGCUCCACGACGACCCCAACCUCAACCACGAGUACUUGCCCAUCGCCGGUCUCGCAGACUUCACGUCAGCCUCGCAGAAGCUGGUGCUGGGAGGCGACAGCCCCGCCAUCAAGGAGAAGCGGGUUACCAGCUUGCAGACCAUCUCCGGUACCGGUGCUGUGCACUUGGGAGCCUUGUUCCUCGCAAGAUUCUACAAGCCAGAUACGAAGCGUCUCACAUACUUCUCCGACCCGACAUGGGUGAACCACUUCCAGAUCUUCUCCAACGUUGGCCUAUCCUCCAAGCCAUACCCGUACUUCUCCAAGAAAACCAAGGGCCUCGAUUUCGAGGGCCUGAUCAGUACAUUACAGGAUGCUCCCGAGGGCAGCAUCAUUGUGUUGCACGCGUGUGCCCACAACCCCACGGGCGUUGACCCUACACAGGAGCAGUGGAAGAAGAUCGCAGAAGUUGUCAAGGCGAAGAAGCACUUCCCCUUCUUCGAUACAGCCUACCAGGGCUUCGCCUCUGGCGACCUGGCACGCGAUGGCUGGGCAAUUCGCUACUUCGUCGAGCAAGGCUUCGAGCUCUGCAUCGCCCAAUCAUACGCCAAGAACUUUGGCCUGUACGGCGAGCGUGCCGGCUGCUUCCACUUCAUCACCUCACCCUCCUCGGACGCCGAGUCGACAAUCGGCCGCAUCGCCUCACAGCUUGCCAUCCUUCAGCGCUCUGAAAUCUCCAACCCGCCUGCCUACGGCGCCCGUAUCGCCUCGACGGUGCUGAACGACCCGAAACUCUUCGCUGAGUGGGAAGCAAACCUCAGGACCAUGUCGGGUCGUAUCAAGGAGAUGCGCACAGCCCUCCGCAGCAAGCUUGAGGAGAUGGGCACGCCCGGAACAUGGAACCACAUUACCGACCAAAUCGGCAUGUUCAGCUUUACCGGCUUGACAGAGAAGCAGGUAUUGAAGAUUCGCGAGGAUUCCCAUGUGUAUAUGACAAAGAACGGUCGUAUCUCCAUGGCCGGGCUCAACACACACAACGUCGACUAUUUUGCGAAAGCUGUCGACAAAGUUGUGCGGGAGACGCAGUAG